GAACAUUGAUCCAAUACAUAUAGAUGUACAACAACCAGACGAUUGUAAAAGCAAAAUGACAGGAAAAAAACCCUGAGCAAAUCGAAUCAUGUUUAACAGUUUAAGUGUUGAUUACGUUAUGAUAAUGCUAAUUUUAACCUGUUACACAUGAAGGUCGGUGGAAUCAAGAUGGGGACCAAUGGUGAUUCAACUUUUUGUGCUUUCAUGACAGCAAAACAGUUACAUUUUUCCUUUCAAUGUUAACGACAUAUUGAGUGAAAAGACAAUUUAUCCCUCUCAGCAUAUACUAGUAGUCGUUUCAUAAGUUUUUUUUUACUUUUAAGCCUUUUUGGAUAAUGCGCCGGAAAUCUUUGAGAUGGUUUUUCUUUUAGAAAACCAAUUACGUCAUUUCCAUUUUUAUUAUAAUGGCGACCUCCAGUUCUUGUGAAAGCAACUUAGCUCCAACAGAAUUUAACUUGACCAGUUCGAUAGAAAGUUCCCCUGGUCUCACUGUCGCCAUAGAACGAUGCCCCUUAUGCGAUGGAAGUAGGCGGUCAUUUCAUUGCAGAAAAUGUGUCAACGAAGGACUCUUUGUUCACACGAAAGGAAGCCAUCCUGAAAGAUACAAAGAAAAGAGAUUCAAGCUUGAUCAUUUGCAAAAAGAAAGACAAGGAAGGUUGGAGAGGGUACAAGAUGCACUGAAACAGCACAUGCAAAGAGACAAACAAAUCGGGGAAAUUGAAAAAUGCAAAGAGAGGAUAAACCUGUUAAAAAUGGCUCUCGCAGCAGCAAAAGAAAAGAAGAGGAAAAGUAAAGAAAUUUUCGACAAGAAAAAGAGAGAAAACUAUGUACGGGUUGUGAGAGGUCGAAAACAUGAAGAGAAGAAAAAGCGCAUUUAUUCCUACAUUGAAACAGUGAGAAUGUCAAAUGAAGAGAAAAAAGAGCUUUGUUUACAGAAAAAGAGGGAACUAGCUGCAGAGAGGAAGAUACAGGUCCAGAGAUUGGUGGAGUUUAUCUUUCAGGUGGAGGAAGUGGCUCUUAUUAGUGAGUCAGACUCGAUGGCUGUGAGCACAGUGAGUGCCCUGCGAGAUGCGAGUCACACGGCCUAUGUCAGAGGGCAGUGGGUGUAUACUGAUGGUAGUGGCGAGGCCCAGUACAGGAUCGUGGAGCCCACCCUACCCUGCAGUGGGGACUACUCAGCCUAUAAUCUGUGGGUGGCCGCUAGUCAGGAAAAUGGUGGUAACCCAGACAACAGUUUAAGGAACCCAGGUCACAGAAUCAGUGCGGGUUUGUGCUAUGCUAGUCAGAUGACAGCCAUCCUCAGUCAUAUACUGGACAUCCGCCUGCCAAGAAAACAGCCUUAUAGUGAGUUUUGUACAAAUGAGAUCACAGAGCGACAGUUCAAGCACAGUGUGGCCUCUCUCAACCAGAACAUCCUGUAUCUGUGCUUCUCCCAGAGUGUGCCCAAUCCCGAGCGGCUUGACCCCCGCAACACCCUCCAGAACAUUGUGGUGCUACUCUCCUGUCCUUUAUUGGGAAGGAACUCCAACUUUGAAAUUGACAAAGACCUGAUGGCAUCCAUUGAAGACUCUAUCAUAUUUCAAGAGGAAGAUUCGGAUACUGGAGGAAUGGAGGAUGAAAUGAUCAAUGAUUGGGAACAGGUGUCAGAGGAUGUGACCUAUGUGACAGAUGUUCCAGCCCGAUCUGGAUAUAGCAGCACUCUAUCCAACAUCCAGACAAUGUCGUAUCCAGGUCAACCUCCGGAACAAUUGACUGCCAGUGGUUUUGUUACAUCAGCAGCCACGUCUUUCAUGUCAUUAUUCAGGGGAGGGGAUCACAAGAGCUGACAUCGGAGAAUUCUUGAGAAAGAUAUUAGAAAACGCAUUUUAAAUAAAUCAGUAUUUUUUACCCAUCCCAAUCACACAUGUACAGUGAUUGUGUCAAAGUAAAAUUUUUAUUUUUUUCAGGAGUGAAAAUUUUUUCAUGGCAACUAAUAUUUUUGAGUGAUGUUUUGGAAGCAUUAUUGUUUUUGAUUGGCCUUGAAUAAACUUUACGUAAUUAAAACUUAGGUCUUCUACCAAUUUUUUGAAAACAUAACGAUUAGAAUAUUCUUGAAGGGUGGCCUGUUAUCCCAUGGUCAUAAGUGGUUGACUGUUACAUUUUAAGGUUAUUUGUGGAGUUUAAGGUCAAAUUUAUCAGAAUUACAUGUAUUAUGAUAUAGUUUAAAACUGAUUUAUUGUAUGCAAUAAUAAAUGUUCUCUAUCAUGCAAAAAAUCCAUUUAUUUACUAACAACUCCAAUUCAAAGGAUAACUCAACAAACCAUAGCUGUAUUCAGAUAGUGCCUCAAUAUGCCUUGUGCAAUCAUUCUUAUCAUAAUGAUAAAAAGCAUUGUGAUAUGAGCUUUACUGCAUUGUUUAUGGCAUUGCAUGGUGUACAUGUCAUAGCUUCAACUGCAGAGAUUAGAUGAUGCCAUUAUUUAUUGGUAAAAAAAUUUUGUGGUGAAAAUGAUAAGAAUUUAAAAUUCUUUUACAUGACAUUUUGCUUACCUCAAAUCACAAAAUCAUGAAUUUUUUAAUGAUGUUUAUGAAAAUACCAAAUGCAUGUCUUUUUUGGUCUCCCAGCUGUUCCUCAGGGUUUGUUUAUUUGUUAAUGAAUGUAUGUUUAUAUUACUUUUUUUUCACUAAACUUGGCAAGGCAUCCUCCUUUAAAUGUUCAAGAAAAAAUGUAACAAGUUAUUGGAUGCAAAUUUUAAUUUUGGAUUUUUUUUUCUAAAGAGAUAAAGAAUCAUUAUUUGAGUAUUAGGUAGUGAUCAAGAAAGAAUAUUAAAUGAAGAAUGAAAUGAUAAUAUUAUAAGACAGAUAUGUACGGUAUAUAAAAUUUUGUAUUCAAUUGUUGUUUUUCAAGUCUCCUGAAAACUCUUUAAUCAUCUCAUAUUGCCCCUAAAUCUUUUCGAUAAAUUUGUGCUAAAAUUAUGUUUCUGAAAUGUUUUUGGUACAACUUUGAUAUGUGGUUCACUUAUUUACAUUCAGUUGAGUGGUUGAUGCUUUUUAUUGCCUAUUAGGUACAGUUGGUUUUAGUGUUUCGAAAAUCUAUUCUGACUUUUUCAAUGAGCAUUUACCUUGCCAUUUCCAAGACAAUAUGCAAUAUUUUAAGCAGAUUCCUGUAUGGUUUACUUUUACCUGUAGUUUUGUUUUGUUUUAUUUUUUUCCAUUGAUAAAUAUAUUUAUUUACUAUA